ACUUUUACAGUUUGGUCCUUCAGUAACGCGAGUGAAGUGAACGAGAGCCAGUCUGGUUUAACUCGACAAAUUUGAAGUGUAGCACACUUGAGCUGGCCAAAACAGCUGGAAGAGAGGGAGGUAGAGAGGGAGAAAGUGAGGGCAGAUUCGGGACGCUCAGAACCGAAAGCAAAGCAGAAACUAGAGCGAGAUGGGAUUUGACUGGCCGCUUGUGUUUGUGCUGACUCUUUGUAGCAGAAUAUGAUUUUAUAAAUCUUAAAAUGACUUUGUAAGUGCGCAUGUGGCUGCUGUGGAAUACAGACAGCAGAAGGACGAAGAGAGCCACCACAAUGCUCCACUGACUCUCUGUUUCAACCAUGGAGGAUGCAGUGACCUCUGAGGAUACUGAACCCCUGCCUGUCGCCUCCCAAAACACUGACAUCCACCUCAGGGAGCCGGAGGAUGAGUGUCCUUCCAGCGCCAGCCUGGAGCCCAGCUCCCCAUCCUCUCCUUUCAGUCAGCAAGCUCAAGGCUCUGCUGUGUCGACGCUGCAGUCCAAGGUCAAGGCUCUCUCUGAAAGCAGAGUUGUCUGGAAAGAACCUGGAAGUAAGAACCAGGUCAAACGUGUGGUUCCUGGGACGUUCAUACUGGGAUAUGCCUUCACAGACGCUUGGGGCUCCAGCAGCGAUGAAGACGGGGAACCUCGCAAACCCCUGAUGUUCCUUGCAGGAGACCACAAGCAUCAGGUAGAACGUGACUAUGAUCCCGUCUCUUCCGAAGCUUUGCUGGCAGUUCCACGCAGCCUUGGAGAAGGAGCAAGCCUGAAAAACCUCUCGAGCGAUGCUUGCGGUGCUCAAGGCAAUGGGAACGUUCCUGUGGGGAAAGAUGGAACAAAUGGAAGAACCUUUGGCCACAAAAUAGGCAACAAGUUUUCAAGGGAACUGCAAAGGUCUGAUAGCCUGGAGAGUCACCUACACAGGUACAAUCCCUGUGAGGUGGGACAGUGUGGACUCUGGCGGGCUGACAGCUUGGAGAGCAUGAGCAGCAGUGGAAGCUCGCUGUCCCUCGCCGAGAGGGUUGAGAUGAACCGCGGCCUUCUCAAACAGAUGCUGCAGAACACCCAGAACAAAGACCAUGUGCCAGGACAGAGGAUAGAGGACCCGACCCACGUUGGUGGUAGAGGUAUCUGUGGCCUGAAUGACAGUGAUUGGGAUUCUGGAAUUUCGCUCCAAGGUAGUGAACACAGCCAAAGGGCCUUUGUGUUGGGCGACAACCUUCCGCUGAGCCCUCACCACGAGCAGGCCAAACGAAUGCUGGAAAGAGCGCGUAUGAAGGCCCGGUCCAACCCUCUCAAAGCCGACCACACCAUCCUACCCGUCCAGAGGGACAACCUGGAGCUGUUGUCCUGGGUUGGUGUACCCUUACACCAGGCUCCUCUUGCGGGGAAGGAAGGCGUGGCGGUGGUCUCUGGAAACCUUAGUGACUCAUCUAGCGGUGACUCGGCAGGAGGAACCCGGCGGAGACACGGACAGUCCCCUACCCGUGUGCGUUUCGAAGAUGAAUCGGAGAGAGAUGCUGAGGUGCGCUAUCUGGAGCGGCUACGCCAGCGCCGCAGGGCUGGAGAAAGAGCGCAGGGGCUGCUGGUGUCCAAACCCACCUUGUCAUCUUACAUCAAUGGACAGGCAGAGACAGGACAUGGCUCGAGUGAUUCAAUAUUCUGGAAGACAAAAGCCAAGAGGAGUUUGUUCAAUGGCAAAGGUCCUGAGACAGCAAACAGGCAGUGCAACUCUUGUGGGACCUUUCUAAAUGACGCCCAUGGGCCUAGCUUGAACUCAAAUACUCUGCCCUUACCUAAUGGGGAAGUCGAAGGGAAGAAGAUACCAUGUUGGGUCGCUCCAACCCUUCCCAACCGGCUUGUCCAAAUCGAAAAGAUAAAGGAGACAUACAUUGGGAAGAGUCCUACUAUUGUCCACAGCGACGGAACGCACUGCAGCCCUGUGGAAAACAUGAGCAGUAGGGGGACAUUCCAGAAGCUAAAGAAGAAGGUCCGGAAACAAGAGAGCAAGCAGGAACCCUUGUACGUCAACGGCCUUAGGGUUCCAACACCUCCAGACUGCAACAAUGGAACUCAAAUGUGUCUCUCGAUUGGACUAGCAUUGCCACUCAACCCCUAUGCCACGGAUCCACUUGAACAGAGAAUCCCAGCCACAUGCACCCCUACAUCCAGUAAGGGACCUGUGGCACCUCCACUGCCCCCCAAAGAAGAACCAUCCAGCUCCCACCUUCCUCAGCCAACCCCUCCGCCUCUCCAUCCGAAAAAAUCAGCCCUGAAAUCCAGCUCAAAGAACCGCUGUAAUGGUCAGCGGACCGCCAUACUCAUGUCUUCGCCAGAAUACCAGCUGGACUCCACGGAGGCGGGGGGCGCUGUGGAGAGCUGUCCUCAGGAACAGGCUUCCUCUGGAGCGGGUUAUUGUGAGGACAGAUCUGCGAUGAUCAUCUCUGGUCCCAAACUCAGGAUGAGCCCAGUUCUGUGUGCUCGAAACUCAGCCAUACAAGGGGAAGAAAGGCUAACAGAUGUGGACCAGCACCAGAGUACAGGACAGCUGAGAACUGAUGCAACAGCCAGCAGUGCUGAAUCAACCCAGACUGGUUUCAGUGAUGGACACGUCAGAGGGCCAGUCAGACCAGUGCAUCACAGGGCAACUAGUCCAAAUGUUUCACAAGCAGGGACGGAUGCAGAGCAGCGAGAGGGUCGACCCAAACUCUCCUUGCGGCGGUUCUUUUCUGCCAUGGGGCUGAACAGUGUGGGGUUGCUGGGAAAAGGACGAUCCAGCAGCAUGGAUCAGCUCAGCUUGCACCCCAAACCCAACUCAGACACAAACCAAAACGAUCGGCCAACCUCCCCCUCCACCUCCCCCAGCCCCACCCACAGACACCACCACCAGCUGAAGAAAGCCCCCUCACUGCAGACUAUACGUCUGGGGUCUCCGUUUCUCCAGAUGAGGAGAUCUUCAUCGGCUCAAAACCUCCAAAUCCCCAGAAAGAAAACAGACCGUUCCUCUGCAUACACUCCAGGAGAACAGCCCUGUAGUCCUGUAAUAACUAGGGGUCUCCAGCGUGCCUUGAGUGUAGAGGAUGUGGGGCGGCCCAGUGCGGUGCGUCCGGUGGGACGUGUGGCUCAAGCCUUCCCUGAUGGCACCAUCCUGCUGGAGCUCUCCAGACCCCCCAGCGGCCCCUUCGGCUUUCUCAUCUCCAGAGGAAAAGGCAGGCCAGACUCAGGGGUGUACGUUGAAGAAAUGGGCGACAGCAAUAUGGAGAAACUCUACGCGGGGCUGCUCGGGGUCGGGGACGAGAUAUUAGAGGUGAACGGUGAGAAGGUGGCUGGACUCAGUCUGGACCUGGUGACACGUUUAAUGACUCAAAACAGCACAGCUUCAAUCCGCAUACUACGACAUAGAUGCUUACAGCGCUAACUGAAGUCAAGACUGUACCAAAACCAUGUUUUGUUCCAGUCAACAUGAAGAGAACUGUAAAAAAGCAUCAGAAAUGAUCAGGGAUGAGUUAGUGAAAACGGCAGUAUUAUGUUGACCUUUGGAGUUUUAUCACAAUGAUCACACAACACGGUCCCUAUUACAGGGAUAGGAACCAAAAAUUUUUUUUUUAUACAUUUUGUUCCAAGCCAUUUUCUUUUCUUUUUUUUGGUGAAUUCAUCCUUGAAGCCACCGUUAUGGCUAAAGGCCUGUUCACACCAAAAACAGUAACAGCUGAUGAACGUCAAAACACAUUGGCAGCCAAUCAGAAUGAAUUCUGCUUUAAACUGUUUGAGCAUUUAAAGAGGCAGAUGACAAAACUGCAGUGCUUGUUUUAAACAGAUUGUUAUUGCAUGUUGCUGUGGAUGCUAAUAUAAUUCUGUCAUGACAACUCUCAGAGAGUUUAGCAUGGUAAUAUAAAUGGCAAUGUUAAUGUGUUUAGUCUGCUAUGCUACUGCUGCGACAGAGAGAGAUAACAGAGACUUGCUACUGCCAAUACAUCGACAGACGUACUCCUGUGAGAAUGAAGGAAAUACAGCUGCUGCAGAU